CUUUCUUUAUCUUUACGUUAAAAUAUCAAAAUUUGGCAUUUCCAUCGUUUUCAGUCUACUGGCUGUCACGUGACCUAUUCGAUGGUUUACACCUUGUCUGUGUAUGAGCGUUAUGAUCAGUGACUUGUCAUAGCGCGUGCUGUUAUUCGCCGACUGUGGUAAUUGAAGCAGGGAUAUUCUAGGUACAAUGUUUCAGUGGCAAAUCAUAUCACCACAAGACAAGUAGCGAACUGGUGUUUUGUAGAGUAUGACGGAGUGGUGUCGGAAUGACAAAUUAGAAUUAGAUCUAUGGCAACAAUAAAUAACAAAAUAGAAGACGGGAAAUCUUCACCUAAAGACACCGGGGAUGCGUGUCUUACAUUACUUAAGGACGUGACGUCAUACCUUCCAGCACGUGACGGGAGGCGAGUUAUUCUCAUCGGGAACACAGCAAGGCUUGGCGCUUCCGAGGUAGCUGUGAGGACCGCACAAGUCAUCACUAUUGAUCCGGGGGAACUCUGCAAUCACUCCGCCGCUACACGAUUAGGGAACUUACCACCUGUCCUCGACGGAGACUCAAGGAAAUCCAUGGUCGCUGAAAAUAGUGGAGAUCUGCUUAUUUAUGAUCACCGUAUUAGCCUUAUCAACGAUGAGCAACAGACGUAUUUGAAACUGUCAUUAUCAUGGAUACGAGAAAAUGGAUAUGUUUGCUUCUUACAGACGACCAGCCCAGGUAAAGAGAACAAUGUACAGCAGAGCACUGACGAUCUCAGGAGAAUCGUCUCCGCUACCUACAAUGGCAGCCAGCCAGACGAGUUUUACGGUCUCGAUGUAAUCCUAAUCAGACAUAUCAGUGGGCCAUUUGCACCACAACGAGAAAAUAAGUCAGACAGAAAAAUGGUGUGGUUAUUUCAAAAGGUUAAGAGGAGGCUGAAUAAGGACAUGACAUUUACAACAUUGCAAGAAAUACUUAAUAACCAAUUAUAUACCAAAGUAAGAAUUCGGCAGCUGGAAAGCAUAUUUGGAAGGACAUUUGUUAGCGCUGGUGGACUAACUGCAACCAAGCAAUUUCUGAAGAAGCUGUGCCUACGUCCCGGACUGAAAGUGCUAGAUGUUGGUUGCGGCAUUGGAGGCAAUGCAUUUUACAUGGCUAAGGAAUUCGGGGUGAAAGUGGUCGCUAUGGAUUAUUCAUCAAAUAUGAUCGAUAUUGCUAGGGAGCGAGCAAAGGAACUUGGCAUCUCCGAAGUGGAUGUGGACUUUGAGGUUGCUGAUGCCACGAGAAGAGAGUAUCCAGCAGAUUAUUUUGACGUCAUCUUCAGUAGAGAUACCAUUCUUCACAUAGCUGGCAAGCUGCAGCUCUUCCGCAAGUUUAAGACGUUCCUAAAGCCUGGGGGCCAAGUGCUUGUAUCAGAUUACUGUUGUAGUGAGGGGGAACAUACACAACAGUUCAAGGACUAUGUGAAGACUUUUGGGUACAGCAUACUUUCACAGCGAGAAUACUGCGCCACACUGGAAGAAGCUGGCUUCGUUCGAAUAGAUACAGAGAAUAAGACAGAUUUAUUCAUCAAAACAACAACACAGGAAUUAGAUCGACUAGUCAAUCGGAGGGAGGAAUAUAUCGAGGAGUUUUCCUUGGAAGACUACGACGCAUUUUCAACGAUGUGGAGAAACACACAGAAAUGUGCUGCCGUCGGAGACCAAAUUCUUGGCCUGUUCUAUGCAGAAAAACCCACUUGAUUUAUAGCUAACAAUCAGAAUAAAUGACACUUUUGAGCCUUAGUAAUCCAAACGUACCCCGUGCUUUCCAUUGCUAUUUCACUGCAUGUUUUAUCAAUUUCUUCGUCUUAUUAAUGCGGUUGCAAUCAUGAUUAAGACGGACAGAUGCUGGAUAAGCUACGAAUACAAGAUAUUACUAGCUUUAUAUCAUGAAUAACAUGUUGGUUGUUUACAGUAACUUGUUUUCAUACACAUCGCAGCAUUCGUUAAAUAAUGUUUUAAAAACAUAUAUGAGUACAGUACUUCUCAUAUCCAUUGUUUUAUAUAACAUUACAAAGGUGAGCUAAUUUCACAAAGCACUAGAUUACUUUUGGAGGUAAAGAUCGCCUGUUUGCUGGCUUAAUCGACCCGUGAAUAGCCAGGGUAUCUUGAGGCGGUAUUUCCUUGUAGUAGUUGGUGACUACUUCACUGAACAACGUACAAUAAUGUACAGGAGGCCUGUAACAUGCCAUUUAGAGCAAUUAGGGUAUUUUAAACUGUCUUUCCCAAGGACACAACCGUGACUGCACAGACCAGCCAGUUUCUCAGCUUCCCGAGAAAAACAAACCGACACGGGUAGGGAACGUCGACCAUCGCACCUCGGCUCACCUGAGGUUACGUGGCCGGCGUUCUAACCGACAAAACUAUUGUGGUCACGUAGAUAAAGAAAUCUUGACAAUCAGAUGAUGUCACAUUACCUAUCAAACAGAAUAUUUCAUCAAUAUUAGCUUCUGUUAAGAGAAAACAUUUUCAGAGAUUUUUUUUACAUCUAGAAUGGGUACAAAAACGUUUCGUUGCGGACAAGAAUAAAAAAUACAGAAAAAAUAUUGUGCAUCUAAACAGAUAUCUUUUUUUCGUUUUCGUCUUUCCUUUGAAAAUUAAUUAAAUUGUUAUCAGGAUUUCAUGCAACACUAGUCUAGAUCGGUUUUGCUCUAACUUUACAAGUCUGAUUUCCUAGAUUUCCAUUUACAAAGCAUAAGUGUCUCACGAGUUGUUUCCCUUGUACAUGUAUUUCAAAACUGCAUGUGGUAUAUCAACGAAAGCAUUGACAAUCAAAUAAAUCUCUUACAUACUAAUAUCUUUAACUCAAAGACCGAUCAGUAUAAUAUAACACAAUGUAUAUCAAGCGGAUUUGACAUUCUCCGGCGUUCUAAUAUUUUCAUAAUCUACAUAAUUUUGCAUAUCAAUAAUUUAUUCGUCAAGAAACUUAAUUUUCCUUGUACUUUAUAGAGUUUGUUAUGCGUGUGACAGCAUACAAGGGAAAGAAUAAGUGUAGACUGGUAUUAAUUAUUUAUUCACAAAAUGUUAUUGAUGUUAACAGUGGUGAUAUCAAAUGAAUUUUUUAAUACUGUAUAUAUAUUUCCAAUGUUCUUCGAAAUCCUCCCAAAUGACAAUUUUAUUUGAUGAAAAAAUGUAUGCUACUUAUAAGGAAGGGAGAUGGUGAUAAAUUUGUAACUGUCAAUUCAUGAGCAGAACUUUUUUGAUAUUUCCGAUCAUUUUGAAUUACCAAAAUACAGAUGACAUUAGCACUUAAUUGAGUAUUUCGUGAAUUUGCAUUUACCAUUAUGCAAGAAAUCUGACUUUUCUUGUUUUACAUCGGAGACAUGUGUAUACGCGGUCUGUUUACAUGUAUGUCAUCGAUGAUGUCAGUCGUUGGAAGUCAAACGCCACUUAUUUGUGAAGUAAAAGUAUAUCAAAUCAAUGAAUUUCUCCAAUACAAACAUUUAACUGGUUUAAUUCCGGUGUAUUUGAGCUAGAGAGGCACCUGCUCAAUUUAGGGGCAAUCCAUGGCAUUGCACUCGGUGAAAUCACGGGCAUCUGCACCGGGCUAACCAGUUACAGAUGCCUGUGGUGAAAUAUUGGCAUUGGUCCGGAAUAGCCCUAUCCCUACCAGAAUGCAUUGCGUGUUGGCUGCCGUAAGGAACCUUUGGAGAGAUUUCGAACGUACUUAUGUACAUUUAUUUAUGAUUCCAAUAUUUCUUCUCUUUCCUGUUAUUGAAGAAUAUUUUUUCAGUCGCCAACUCCAAUCACCAGUUUUAUUUAAUUUUCGAUCAGAAUAAGUAACAGCCAGAAUAUUUGUCAUACAAAAUAUUUGAUAGAUAUUUUAGGACAGUUUUUUGCAAAAUAAAAAUUCUAUCUGGCAAUGUAAAAAUGCAGUAUAUACCUAGUUUAUCUGGAAUGGAGUUGAAGCGCUUUACAAAGCUUUGGAUAAACUUAAUUAUUACAUCCGAAUUUGUAUUAUGAUAGAUGUACAAGUAAGUGUUAUACGUGUAUUUACAAUGAUUUUUUUACUAAUUAUCGACUUAUCACCACCAAGUGCUUUGUAUUACACUCAAUCGUAUGCAGUCAAUUUUAUUUAAUCCAAUUUCAUAUUUUCCUAAAACAUUGUGUUAUUUGAGUCAUUCCACCUUUUUAUCAAUACAAAUUGUAUUGUUGUAGUAUUUGUAAUUUUAGAUAAAUAAAGAUAGUUUAUUCUU